AUCUUCUUCAACCUAAUUUCAGUUUUCUGGCGGAAAAACUUUCAUACAAUCAGCAAGUUUGCUUGCGAAACGUGAAUAUUAGAUUGAAAUCUCGUUUCCUAUUCGUUUCCGGGAUGAAUUCAGUUUCAAACACGUCUCUAUUUUUCUGAAACGGUUUCGGCGCGUUCCGAAACGCUUUGCCGAUUUCCCCGUUCCAGGACGUUUCGGAAACGUUGUAGUGUAUGGGGCAAGCAUCAUGUGGGAGAUUUCAGGAGCUUAUGAAAUUCUUAUUAAAUUUUUUAAAAAAGUCUGAGCUGGGACACUUCAGCCAAGCUUGACGUAAAAGCUCGAGCUUAUCUCUUUCAUUACAUCUUUGCAAAACCAGGAAUUAAUAAGGUGGGUCACAUGAUGGAAGCAAUUGAAGGUGAUUAUCUGCAUAUAUCAGACGGAGUUGAUAUUUCAGAUGCAAAUAAAGACUUUGACAAAAAACCGAGACCAAUCCAUCUAGCAAAAAGUAGUCAACCUCUAAGGGGAAGGAGAUCUUUCAAGAGAGUAGCAAUGUUAUUGACCAUACCUUCUUAUACCCUCAGGGUGGGUUCAAUGAAUGUAUACCGUGAAAAUCGCAUGAGGUUGCAGUACCUCCUCCGUAAGCUUGUGGCACAACACAAUUGGGUGGACGCUAGUGGAGUGCUAAGUGCAUUGUUAAAAGGGACUUGCAGAGAAAAAACACCUCAGAACAACCGUAUGAAGUAUUGGGUCGCAAUGGAGCUUCUUCAACAUAUGAAAUGUGAUCCAGACUCAUCAAGGAUUGAGCACUUGUACGAUACGUGGAAGGAAAAGAUAAAGUCUGCCAAGAAGCGGCCAUUGAAGGACAGGUCCGUUCUGUUGGAGUACAUACUUUUAUGUCUUGCACGAAAUAACCAUGACUUUGCCCGUGUUAAUUUGCACAGUCUUCAGCAGGAAUAUGAAUCCGCAAGAGACCAAAAGUCUAAUCUGGUAAUGGGUUUGACCAAUUAUGAGUUGUGGUAUUCCGAGCUACCAAAUGAGAUGCGGCUGGGAAACGUAGAAGAGUCUUGCAUGCCUAUGGAGUCGGAGACAAUGAAAACCAACUCCUCUAAGGAAAUAGAUAACCUGAAGGGAGAGGAAGCAGCCAGUGUUUAUGAGACAUUUUCAAACUUGCACUAUUAUUCGGAGACAUCUGUUGUGAAUGACAAGGACACUUGUGCAAAUGCCAAUAUAAGGCUAGAUGGGGAAGUAUCUGGGAUAAAGCCAGUUAAGAAUAUCAAGAAAUCCCAGUCACAAGAUUUUUAUAUGAAAUCUGAAGAGUUAAGUGUAGAAAUUGAUGGCUCAAGUCAACAUGGUUAUGAUCAAUUUCAUUGUUCUUCUGCCUAUAAUGUACACAGCAUGCAAUCAUUGUUGCCCGUAAGAGUGCCUUCUUCAGAUAAUUUUAUGGACAUCCUCUCUUCUCGUAGACAGCUUUUUGGUGAUCAUUACAAGGAAGCUUUAAAGUUUCUAAAGCUUGCUCUUCAGUCCCCGCCUCCAAUCUCAGAGGCAGCAUUACUUCCUUCAGUACAGUUGUUGCUCCUUGGUGGCCAUGGUAAGGAAGCCUUAGCUAUUGUUGAGCAGUCAUGCAAUGAGUCAAGCUCAAUUCUUUCUUUUAGAUUAAAAGCUCGUCUUUGGGAGUGCUUUGAUGCGAAUAAUUAUGAUGAACUCUCUGCAUGUUUUGAGGAUGUUAUGAAGAAGGAUCCCACAUGUAGGCAUUCUCUAGCAAGACUCAUGGACUUGCAUCAAAAAGGAGAAUAUGCUACUGAACGUCUAGUGGAGAUGAUUGCUCUUCACUUGGAUGCAACAUAUGGAGAUCACACUUCGUGGAGGGAAUUUGCGUUGUGUUUGCCUAAACUUUCACAUUGUGAAGAAGACAGAAUGUCAAUGUGUGUGGAUGGGGAGCAAGUUAAGAGUGGGAAUUUGCAUACUACUCGGUUCUGUAGGACACCUGCCUCAUUGGUGGAGGGCAUGUCUGGGAAGGCUUGGAAAUUUCGAUGUAAAUGGUGGUUAAACCGACAUUUUAGCAAGCAUAUACUGGCAUCGGAAAUGGAAGAAGGUGACUUGCAGCUGAUGACAUACAAGGCAGCUUGCGCAUCGCAUUUUUACGGGCAAGAGAUGCAAUAUGUUAGGAAGGUUCAUACGUACUUGAAAGAGCAGGAAUCCGAGGCCGAGCCUGAUAAGAUGCUGUUGUCAUUUUUGUCUACGCACAUGAAAUAUUCUGUAGGUUUUUUCUCUAAUUUUGUUAGGAAAUGGUAAUCUUGUCAUCAUAAGAAAGUAUAUUUAUUAGUCAAGGCUUUCUGCACUUCAUUCCUUUA